AUGGAAGGAAGAAUAACUACCCCUUCAGGUUUUAGCACCAUUGCUAAUCAUGCAAGUUCAAGCAACCCAAUCCGGUGGUUGUUUUCGGUUUUUUGGGGCAUCAUCAUGUGUAAAGUUGCUUAUGACUUGAUGGGAAUACUUGGCCCGCUCAUCUUCAAAGGCUUUAACAAACUAGACAAUGCGCAAAAACUUGAAUGGAAAAACCGGGGAUUCUCAACCUUCCACGCACUCUUUGUAGUUGCUGGUUCUUUAUACUUUCUACUCGUUUCGGAUCUUUUUGAUGAACAUGCUCAUCAAGAGUGGAUUAUUAACCGUUCAUCUGCAUCAUGUGACACCAUACUUGGGAUGUCAAUUGGUUACUUUUUGUCGGAUUUGGGGAUGAUUUUUUGGACUUACCCGACUUUAGGUGGUUUUGAAUUUGUAUUGCACCAUGGACUCUCCAUGUUUGCCAUCGGUCAAGCCCUUUUAAGCGGCCAAGUUCAGUUUUACAUCCUUAUAGUCUUUAUCACCGAGAUCACCACACCUUUUGUGAACCUAAGAUGGUAUCUAGAUGUCGCCGGGAAGAAGAACUCCACAUUUUACUUGUUGAAUGGUGUUGCAUUGUUUGCAGGGUGGUUGGUUGCAAGGAUCAUCUUGUUUAUCUUCUUUUUCUACCAUAUGUUUACACAUUUUUAUCAAGUGAAGCAAAUUUACGCAAUGGGGUUCUACAGCGUGUUGACGAUUCCCUCGGUGUUGGCUUUCAUGAACUUGUUUUGGUUUUGGAAGAUCCUUAGAGGGUUGAUUAAAACCCUUUCCAAAAUGAAUAGGCACAGCCAUAGUAGUUGA